AUGCGUACAGUAGCCACAGCCGGCAGUUCAAAGUCGAAGGUGCUCAGUGAACAGCCGUCAAAGGAGAAAAGGCGUGCUGCGUCUCAAAGUGGCAAGGCGCGCCACUCCAGCAAGUCGCGCUCUGGGGACUCCAACAGCUCGAAGGGCGAGGCAACGUCGAAGGAUGGCUUUCCAGCUCGACCCUCAUCGCCAAAGUCCCGCAACGCCAGUCGAACAAGGAUGCUGGACCGCACCGACUCUGCCUUGGCAUACCGUGAACAAGCAAGCGCAAUCACGCAACAGUUGGGGUCCAUUUCACAAAGAGCCGAGUCGGUGAACAAGCAUCGAGGUCAGCCAGAAGAAGCUGUGACUCCGCAUCCCGACCGGCCAUCGUCACCAAAGUCUCGCAAUUGCAGCAGAAGCCGCCCCAGCGAGCACCUAUCGUCCAUCUUAAUUGCGGCGAGCCCAAGUAUUUACAGUGACGAGUACAAUCGGCGAUCGCUGCCGGCACUGCCGGACACCCAGAAGACGCAACCCCAGCGACCGAUGUCCCGUAUGAACCACCACGCAAGAUCCGGGUCGAUCACGGAAACCGAGAAAGACAAUAUGCGGAAUAUUCGUUCUCCCUCGAGAGCCUCGAUAAGCGGGGAACAAGUCGGGUCACGUCCCGCUUCUCGUGCAGCCAGUCGCGGUCGGCAGCCCGGCUCCAAGUUUUCACCUCCGAAGAUGUCGCCGCGCGACCCUUCUAGUCCUCCGGUUCAAGAUGCAGAUGAGAUUAUCCGCAUUGAGCGUGACAGAAGAUCUUCCAUUGCGUCAAAGCCUCCCACUGGAUCGCCUGGUUCUGGGACGCCGUUCGAGAGGGUCGAGGCUAUUUUGUGUCCUACCUGCCCUGUUCAUGGACGACACUCGACUGCAUCAGAUCCAGGCGCCACCUUGACGUCUUCAGGGCACAGAAUUUCCCCCGAUUUAAGUCAUGGCAGAUCGUUCUCUUCCCCUGCAGCAGCAAAGGGUACUGAAAACGCUACCGCCGCCACGAACAGUAAAGGAGAAGACGGUCUCAACUACUCGAUCACUGGAUCUAACAAGCCCAGUGAUGCAGACUCUCUUGCUGAAACUAUUGGGACAGUCUCUUCAGCUGGCCGCUCACCGUCCACACCACCGUUCGAGCCAAAGACCCCACGCGCCAUGGUGGUCAUCUGCGACGCCGAAAACAACGACAUUGGAGGAACGCCGGAUCUGCCAGGUAGCCUUGCCGACUUGGCUUGUCUGGAUAACAACAUCGGGCUGUCAUCAGACGGCCCAAAUGCUAUAGUAGCAUAG